AGUUAGCCAGGCAGAGAUGUUCAUUGAGACUCGACAAAGUCGAAAAGGAAAACAGCCGGAUGAGGAAACUUCAAGUGUAAUUUCUAAGCUUCAAGAAUCAGUUCAGAAUUCAACUGAAUCUGAGACAUUUAACUCCUUGUUUGGGAAAGAAAAAUCUGGACGAGUUCGUUGCUAUGGAAGAACAAUAACACCUACCAUGCUUAAAAGAAAAGAAGAAAUUCUGGUUAUUAAAAGGCAACAUAAUGAUGAAGUGGCUGGCAUGAAGAGGGAGAUGGAUGGUAUGAAGGCGCUAUUUAAGACAAUGAUGAAGCAACAAAACCCACAAAUGAGCGACGACGAGAUCUCUAAUUUGAUGGCAAGUGCUAUGGGCUGUUCCAUUAGUUCUACUGCUGCUCCUGCUGAUCCACAUUCGUCUGCAUCAACUCAUAUUCCGCAUUGCGAACAGGGUGGAGAGGAAGCAGAUUGUGAUGAAGAUAUGGAAGAAGCUUGUGAUGAUCAUGAAGAUGUGGAAGGAGGUUAUGCUGAAGAUGUUGAAGAAGGUGGUUGUUCAGAAGAUGUGGAAGAAGAGCAAGGAGAAGAUCAAGAAGAAUAGUUGUUUUAUGUUAUCUAGCCCAGUUUUUAGAACUUUUUUUGGUUAUUUUGGGAUGACUCCAUUUUGAGAGAAACUUGUGGUGGUACAACUUAAAUAGUGUAGGGAUCAUGGAUCAACUUAAUAUGGUUGUUUUGAUUUUGAAUUUGGGAUGAAAAACUUAGUAUCCAACUAUUAUUAGUGGAUGAACUACUAUUAAUGUUAA